UUACUUCGCCUCCCGCAACCAAAAUGGAAGAGUAAGGGCGCCAUGAAAGACAACAUUGGAGACAUCGAUCUCGAGCUCUUGGCAGUGUUCGACGAUGUCCCAAUGCUGUCACAAUUAGAGAACAUGAUCUUAGACUCUAGUUAUUUUGACAUCAAUCUCUUUGAUCAUAUCUCUAAUGAGACACUUGGGACAAACAGUCAACACGAUCAAGCCAGCAGCUCGCAAACUACUUACAUACGUCAAUCGGGGACCGAGGACAGGGCAGGGGGAACAGGACAUCACACGCAGCUUCCAGACAACGGGCACAAUUUCCUAGUACCGAAAAUAUUCAAAUGCAUGUAUUGUGAUAAACAGUUUUACAACAAACCAGCAUGGCGCAAACAUCAUGUGAAGCAUGUGAAGCAAUUACUGCGAUGCCAGUGUUGUGGAAGGCGAUGUUUCAAUGUUAGCGAUCUUCGUAGGCAUUACAAGUAUUAUCAUUAUUACGAUCCACGUGAGGUUAUAAUGGAUCAUCGUUGAAAA